GAGCAACUCUAGUGCUUCCCGAUAUAAGAGGAAGCAAACCUGGAGAUGAAAUGAACUUUGAUGAUAUCUAUGAUGUGGACAAACUUAUUAAAAGCUUGGAAAGCGUCGUCAAAGUUGUAAGAAAACUGCCGAGCCAUGUAUCUCUAAGAGAUAUAGCCAUUGUCAAGGUUCCUACCCGAGUUGCAGAAGAUUACAUCAAGGAGCAUAUUGACCCCAUCUUCAAAUCAAAAGGGAACAUAAGAGUUACAACCUAUUUCCCUACGGUGAACUUGAGGAAGUCUUCGCAGGGUGCUGAAACUGACCCUGUCUCUUGUUUGGCAAUGUUUGGUUCCUUGGAGUUGCAACCUGCAGUGAAUGAUUUGGUUGAAUCUAUGAUUCAGCGGCUGAAGACACAUAGCAAGAAAUCCGGUGGCCGUUUCCUAGCCAUAGACUUGAGGGUUGAGAUACUUGAAAAGAAAAAUUGCCAUGAAGCAGGUGCUGUGGGAUCCAAAACCUGUUACAACGCACAGGAGAUUGCAUUGUUCUUGAGGAAGCUUGGAUUUGACAGUGAUACAACUAUAUAUCUGACUCAGCCAAGAUGGGAGAGCAGCCUCAAUAUUCUUAAGGACAUUUUCCCGAAAACAUAUACUAAGGAGUCGAUAAUGCCGUCAGAUAAGAAAUCGAAGUACCUUGAAUUAGAAAAUUCUGAAUAUGAAAAUGUUAUUGACUUCUACAUAAGUUCAAGGAGUGAUGUAUUUGUGCCAGCCAUUCCUGGUCUGUUUUACGCCAAUACAGUUGGAAAAAGGAUAGCAUUAGGCAAGCCUCAAGUUCUUGUUCCAGCAGAGAUCUCAGGAACAUCUGGUCGUUCUACUGAUUACAUCUCUCCCUACAUCUCAAAGAAGAACCAUUUGGCGUAUUCAUGUUUUUGCUGAACUUAUGAGGGAAAUGUUUUGUCAAUGUGAUCUUGAAACCAAAAUCCUUGAAAAGAGUCUUGUCACUAAAGUGUAAGCCAAUCUAGUUACCUGGGGGUUUCCGGUUGUUUAAUAUUGAUAAGUUUAGCUCAAUACCGAUUUGAUUUUAGUCCA